AUGUCUACAAUCGCAAAUAUAGACCCCCGACUUACCUCUCCGCCAAAUAAAUCACGAAGGAACGAAAAAGUGGGCUCCCAAAGAGAAAGACAACUGGAGCGAAACAGGGUUGCAGCCACCAAAUGUCGCAUGAAGAGGAAGCGCGAACAUGAACAAAUUCAAAGAGUCCUCAACGACGAAAGUACGAAGCAUGACAACCUCGUCUCGAUUGUCGACUGUCUCAAGGAAGAAAUCUGGUGUCUAAAGAAUCAAGUCUUCAAUCACGUUCCUUGCAAUGACCCUCAAAUCAACUUUGAGCUGGCUAAGAUCGGUGAAAGAGUUGCGCAAAAUAAUUCGGCAGCUAUGCGAUACCCCUCGCCGACGUUUUCAGCAGGUUCAUUUGUAUCUGAACAAUCGACUAGGAGUGGGGAUAGUGGGGGAAGUGGGAUUGAGGCAGCGCCACCCAUACAAGCGGCACCCUCGGAGAAAAUUGAUUAUGAAGAAUACCCGGAUGACAUAUUUGAAAGGUUCAUUGAAGCCGAUUAG